GUCGCCACGACUGGAUUUGGCUCCAGAUGGCUGAGGUGAUGCCUGCGGAGGAUCUUGAGGCUCACUUGAAGAUCGACCCGCGGCCCACAUCGUGUGUCUCGAGCACGCUGCAGAUGUACAGAUGCCAAUCUGCCAAUUGGUGGUCUUCUCUAGAUCUUCUGGCCCUGGAUUGGUACAGCCAUGCCAGAGAAGCGAGUUGACCCCUCGGACAGCGGUGCUUUUGUCAACAUCCGCUCUCUCUCUCUCUCGCUCGCUCUUCAGUGUCCAAGACCGCUGCACUUCAAGCAGUGUGUCCCGCUGCUCCGCCGCGCAGAUCCGCAGCCGCGUCAGGGGGAGGCCGCGCAGGACUGACGGCAGGUCGUACACGCUGGAGGAGCUGAACACAUUCUACCGGAACGUGUACACACCUGCCGAGAUCAAGACUUACUGGGACGUCGCCUGCCGGACUGGCAGGGAGCAGCCAAAGGGCAAGAAGGCAAAGGCCGCCGCUGGCGCCGCGACCCCUGGCGCGGCCGCGCCCAAGGCGGGCCCGGCGCCCAAGGGCCCCGCGCCCAAGGGCCCGGCGCCCAAGGGCCCCGCGUCGAGCCCCGCGGCCCCGAAGCCCGCGCCGAAGCAGGGCGAGGAAGGCAGGCGCGGACGCGGCGGCGCAGGGCAAGGCGGGGGCCUCCAGCAAGGCGGCGUCUUCCACGAAGGCGCCCGACAAGGCGCCGCCCGCGGCGGCGAAGGGCGGCGCCAGUGCCCCCGCCGCCGGGGCCGGGGAG